AUGGACAAGAACGAAUACGACCACAAGAUGAACAGCAUUGUGACAGAUGGAUCGUACACCAAACUGAAGAAAGACCCAACCCCGGCCUGUGAACGCAAACUAACAAAGCUCCUUAAGAAGAACAAGGACAAGGAACAACUCACGGACGCCCAGUACAGAAAGCUGAGCCAACAUCACAGCAAACUUCCACACAUCACCGCCUUCCAACUGGGCGAUGACUACUACCAACAAACUGAAGGAAUGGCCAUGGGAUCACCCCUGUCACCGGUGAUCGCCUACAUCUACAUGGAAAACUUCGAAGAGCUGGCCUUACAAACAGCACCACUGAAACCAUCCCUGUGGCUGCGAUAUGUCGACGACACAUUCGUCCUGUGGGACCAUCGCGAGGACAUAAUACCAUUCCUAGACCACCUCAACAGCCUCCGACUCUCCAUCCAAUUCACAAUGGAAACAGAAGUCGACAACAAACUACCAUUCCUUGACGUCCAAGUGGAGAAAUCUGAGGAAGCAUUCAGAACAUCGGUCUACCGCAAACCAACAGCAACCGACCGCUACCUCAACUUCAAGUCACACCACCCAGACACAGUCAAGAAAGGUAUCGUCAGAUGCCUGCAGACCCGAGCCACCAACAUCUGUGGAGACGAAGCAGCCAAAAAGAUGGAAAUGUCACGCCUUACCAGCACCUUCAGGAGAAACGGAUACCCAACGAGCUUCAUGAAACACAAACCCAAGGAAGCAUCCCAACAACAACCAAGGAAUAAGCCCAUCACGACAUGGAAUGGUUAG